AUGCUUCGAUUGCUGCUACUUUUAAUGAUUGCAGUGGUGACGAUUUUUGCAAAAUCAUGUAUUGAUUGCAUUUGUCAACGAGAAUCCGGUUGUCGGAAACUUGGUUGUGCUGAUGAUGGUGGCUCGUUAUCGUGCGGAUAUUUUCAGAUCAAGAAACCUUAUUACAUUGAUUGCGGUCAACCAGGGAAGAAAGCCGGUGAAUCGAUUGAUACAGCUUGGAAAAGAUGUGCAAGUGAUAAGGGUUGUUCGAAGCUUUGUGUCGAGAAAUAUGUGAAAAGAUAUAAAAGGAAUUGCUCAAAUAAAUCUCAAUGCGAAACGAUGGCUCGUUUACACAAUGGAGGACCAAACGGCUGCAAAACAACGGCCACUAUCGGCUAUUGGAAUGCAAUUCAAAAAUGUGUUGGU